AUGGCAGCUCCAAAGCUCUCGCCGACGGCCAAUUUGCUGAGGAAUUCUCGGCUCUUCGCAUUACCGUCAGUUCUGAAGACCGCGCCGCGAGAAGUAACGUCAAAAACCGUUGUCGAAUCGUCUUCCGCGACUCUUCCGCAUCCUACCAGAGCGGCAAUUGAAACGCCAGCAUCGGCUCUCUACCAAGGAGAUUGGGGCUUAAAGCGACCGCUACCAGCAAAGUCUACAACAGAGAGGUCGAGUAAACCCGUGAUUCGAGUCAAUGCUCUGGACACCUUUGAACAUGUUACGGACUUCGAUUCGGCCGGAGAUCAUACCAUGACUCUGAUGAAAUUUCAGGAACUCAACUUACCCGUCUCACUACCCCAGGCCACAAAGAAAGGUCGACAUGAAUUUGGUAGGGGUCAUGAGAGUCCGUUUGAACCUCGAUAUGAUAAUGUCUCCAGUAGCGAAGGCAGCAAAGAACAAGGAGCUCAACUAUACCGGCACUCCGGGCCAUGGCUAGGUGGCCAAUCAGAAAUUCAAUUUCAAGCGUAUCUGCAGCAGCUCCGACGCCGAAAACCCGAGUUGUUGAAACAAUUGCGCGAGCAAUACGUCAGCAAAGUGACGGCUGAACGUAGGAAGAACGCUCAGGAUGAGGGCGGUUUGGAUGCCGAAGGUUUGAAAGAGACGGUCGAAGUUACAGAUGGAGAGUUCCAGGCUUGGUUAAAGGAUCUACGAACAAACAAAAGAUUAGCUGGUGCAGAACUUACCCAUCUUCUGGAUCUUCAUACCUUGUCAUCCGACAUCCCUUCAAUCAUGAUGGGAAGAACAGAUUACUACGAAGCGAACGCGACUAGGUUGUCUUCUGUCGACUACGCUCAACAGGGACCACCCCGAACACACCCGUCCGCCGGACUCGCAUACACUCGUUCAGGUGCACUUAUCUCCAAUCACCCGUCAUUUGGACCUCAGCAAAGCAUGCGCCCCGUCGAAGCUCGAUGCUUGAUUGCCAAGACACGGAAGCGAAGACAUAAGCGACGAGCCGUUCUUGGUGUCGGUGGUAUCGCAUACGAGGAUGAAGCCGAUAGCCCAGAAGAUCAUCUCAGGGGUAUCGAGUACCUUGAUCCGUCGGUGCCUGGAGGCGGAAGAGUUUGGGUUUCUCCACGCCGAGUCUCGAUUUCUUCGCAGGGCACUAUCAGCCUCGAGGCUGCCAGAGCCGAACGUGACGUCUUGGCGCCUUACGGAGUCUCCAACUAUGUGCCAAACAAGGGGACGAACAUAUCUCAAGCGGCACGCUCUACGCAGCGAGCCGUUCCCCAACUCGAUAAGUCUAGCGAGCCUCUUCGGCGGCGCGAAAGGAUGGAUGCUGUCUCCGAAUUGAUCAAGCGUGUCUAG